CAUGAAUUUUAAUAAACUUCUUUGCAUUUUUCUUUGUUUUGGCGGCGGCGGCGGCGGCGCGCGGACACGAAGAGGGAAAACCCGCGGGAUUAACGGGAUUAACGGGAUUAACGGCGGCUUGAGACUCCACCGUCCGCAUGGCAGACAGCCACAGCCCGCUGCGGACAGACUGCAGAGUGGUGAAGGUGGAGUCGGGCUCGGCGCUGACGGCGUCGCAUGCGGCUGAGCUGCACUUCCUGCGCUCGCGGGUGCGGGAGCUGGAAAGAGAGAAGGCUGAGAUGGCAGCUGAAAACCAGAGGCUGAGGAACAUGCUGGUCAAUGAAAUCCCUGGGCUUCUGUCCACCAUGUGGCAAACGCUGGGCCAGGCUAACCAUCACCACUCCGUCGCCACGGCAACAGGCAGAAACGACAGCUACAACUCAUACUCGCAUCAUCACCCGACGGCGAGCGAGCAGGACGCCGACUUCAGCCCCCCCGGCCACGGCCACGCCCCCCCGCUGGGACACGAGGACCUGAGCGGCGACAUGUCGGAUUACGGCGCCCCGCUGGGCGAGGAGGAGGUGCCGGGCGGCGAGCUGAGCCUGGGGAGCAACAUGGGGGAGGAGGCGCCGCUCUGCAGCCAGACCGACAUGGAGGAGCUGAGGAGGAGCUGCUCCGAGAGCCAGUGCGCCGCCGGCGACGCCAACAACCACGUGAGUCAGGUGGAGGUGUAUCCGGGCUCCGGUGUCCUCUGUGACAUGCGCUCGUGGCACGCAGCCAAUCAGGCGCAGUCUCCCACGGCGAUGGCCCGCACGCUGCUGCUGGGCGUGUUUGAUAUGGACACCUUGAUGAACAGCAACCUGCGAGGGGGGCGGAGCCGCAGGCCGGCCUUCCACCCGCAGCGCAGCGCCCUCGACCCGCACAAGAUCAACGCCAUCUUCAAUGCGACUCUGGCUCGGUUUCCUCACGCCCGGAAAGGCGUGAUCGGCACGGGGAUCAACUCCAAACUCUCAGAGAUCCGCUUCCGCUCCAGGAGAGCCAAUCGCGAGCCGCGCUACCUCUGACCGCUCGUCCAAUCAGAACAAAGUGGAGCAGAGCUGCUGGACCAAUGAGCUGCUGACAGCCUCCUCAGUGUUGGCCGUGUUCACCGUACAGUGAUAACAUCAUGCCCCGUCUCACUUCCUGGUUCCUGUGGUCAAAGAGUCUGAGCUGUUGCCGUGGCGAUGCAGUGCCAUUCACUUCUGGCUUUUCUUUUGCAGCAGCGAUGCAGCCAAUCAGCAACAAACAGUGUGUUUCCAUGAAGAUCUGCAACCAGACUGAAGAGUCCAGCUCCCCCAGAACCAGGAUCAGAUUCAGCUGGAGCCAGAACACAUGAAGACUGUCUUCCUGUUGACAGAAGAAGAAGAAGACUGUCUUCCUGUUGACAGAAGGAGAAGACUGUCUUCCUGUUGACAGAAGAAGAAGACUGUCUUCCUGUUGACAGAAGAAGAAGACUGUCUUCCUGUUGACAGAAGGAGAAGACUGUCUUCCUGUUGACAGAAGAAGAAGACUGUCUUCCUGUUGACAGAAGAAGAAGACUGUCUUCCUGUUGACAGAAGAAGAAGACUGUCUUCCUGUUGAUCCCUGGCGUCACACAGCAGCAGCUAACCGACAGACAGCGAGCUCAGCUACAGAACCGGAUUGUUCCACAGCUCUACGUUCUGGACGUUCUCUGCAGUUUUGGUUCAUGUGAUUCGGUUCCUGCUGGGUUCAACAUCCGGGUCAGGAACCUGCAGCGUGGAACCUCUGAGCUUCAGUACAUGAGCAGAAUGUCGAGGUCAUCUGAGGGUCGCCUGAAGCGUUCACACACUUGAGCAAAUUGAUCCCUGAUCACAUGAUCUGAAAAAUCAUAAACAUGUUUACGUGAUGAUUUCUUGUGUUAAUCAGGUUGUAACUGAACUUUUAAAAUGCAUGUAAACACACCGACUGUCAGCGGUGUGCCAAAAGAAAAUCCAGAGGUGCACGAUUCUGCCUGAGACCCUUCAGACCUGAUAUCACAUGAUGUCACAUGAUGUCACAUGAUGACACAUGAUGUCACAUGAUGUCACAUGAUGUCACAUGAUGUCACAUGAUGUCACAUGAUAU